AUGGAGGCUAUGGCUACAUCAAAUACACAAUCUACACCUCGAUGGAAACAAAUGGGCGAGGAAGAGAAGAAAGCAGCAGUUCAUGACGAAAUGAAGAGAAUUAAUCAACUCCCUGCAACCAGUACUUAUGCCACUCAUCGCUUGCGUGUUCUCAAUAAAAUCCUCCAACUCAUGUCUCUUCAGAGGACUGUGUCACAGGAUGAGGAAUUGGAGUUGCUUUUUGAUGGGUUGCAUCUGUGA